UUAUAUUACGCAGUCCAUACUAAUCUUAUUACACUGUAACAUGAACUAUAUAAUGUAAAAUGAAAUAUCUCAAAAGUAAUUUGUUCGAUUCUUUGCGAGCAACAAAGCCUGACAUGCGAGAGCAUCCGAAGGGGAGUUUAGUUUGAGUUUGUUCUGGCUAUAAUGGGUCCAUUGAAACCCACAGAGGAACAGUGCCAUGCAUUUUUAAUCAGGUGGCUUCUGAGGUCACUUUCUCCAUUCUGAGGAUGUGAAUUAUGAGCAGCUGUGGGAUGAAAACCGAACCAAACUGAGAGAAAGACAAUGACAUUACCUCGCGACAGGAAGACGUGAUUUUAUUACAUUGAUCUGUGAUUUUCACUUCCAAUAAUUGCUGUAAGACAGAGCAGCAGAACUCACAUCUCCAGACAGCUGAUGGGGGCUCGUACGGGAUUGUGUGCGGUAUGAAAAAGUAGGAACAGAAAAAAUAUCUUGGAUUAUAUUCUCGGUUGGGCUGCAGCAGACAGAUAAUUCCUUCAUUGGACCACACUGGUAGAAGCAUGAGAGUGAGGACAUGGCUGAGUGUUGCGUCCGGGUUAAUGAGUUUCUCCUGUGAGGCUGUGCGGAGCUGUGCAGAGAUCCAGUGUGAUGAAGACCAGCGAUGCUGCACUCAGAACAGCAGCAGCAUCACGGCGGUCCACUGCUGCAAACUCCCUCUGCACGCUUUCCUCGACAAUCUGGACUGGAUCGUACGGAGGCUGUCGGGACUGCUGAUCCUGCUGUUGCUCUUUGUGGUGGGUUAUUUCAUCCAGCGUGUCGUGUGUCCACGUCCCCGCCGGCAGACACCAGAGGAGCCGUCACUUCUACAUGGACACACGUCCCAGGACUCCCUCACUGGGGACUUCAGCUCCCCGGUGCUGCUGCUUCCCACAUACGAUGAGGUGAAAUAUCUGCCCACAUAUGAGGAGAUCAUGAUGGAGGUGAAUACAGACAAUCUGAACCCGGAGGAAAGACGCACAACCUUGCAAACGUCUAGAAGAGCCAGAAACUCUCUAUAACUCGCUGUGUUUGAAUUGAUUCUGGAACAGCUAAUGCAUUUAUAAUGUGUGACUGACUUGUCAUUAGCAGCUUUUCAAGAUGUUUUUACAUUCAGGUUUGUCUCGUACAAUGAUUUUGUUGUAAUAACCAGUUCUAGACAGCUCUAUCACAUCCUCACAAAUAUGCAAAAAUGUGUUAGUAACUGAUCUGUGCACAUGUGCUUGUGUACAGUCUGCUGAGGACAAUUAAAAUUGCUUGAAAUAUCACA